CGGCUCAUUGCUCGAAGCGGCUGCUCGGCCAUCUCCAAGGGAACAUUCGUUGGGAACCAUGCUACAAUUUCCUCGCCCUAGAACCGGCUAUUUUGUCUCUGCUACAGAUUUAUAUCUAGACAACAUUGCGACGGGGCUGAUGUGCUUUCAUAAUUGCGUGCGUUGAGUUACAUACCCUUGGCCUUCCCCUCUACUUUUCUUUGCGAAUAGAGUCUUUGGACUUUCUGUUGCCAUCAUGGCCUCGCAGGCUCGGCCCAGGGUGCUCAUGUUUGAUAUCGGAGGCGUUUGUGUCCAAUCUCCCUUCCAAGCCAUCCUCGACUACGAGAUCAAGGAGGGCAUCCCGACGGGGUACAUCAACUACUCGAUCCGGGCGCUGACGCCCAACGGGGCGUGGCACCGGCUGGAGCGCGGCGAGAUCCCCAACGACAGCGAGUACUUCCGCAUGUUCAAGGCGGACCUGCAGCGGCCGGAGCUGUGGGCACAGUUCCACCGCGAGAAGCUGGGGAUCACGGACGCGGCGCGGCUGCCGCCCAUCCCGGACAUCGACACCGAGGCCCUGUACUGGACCAUGAUGAGCCACUCGCGCAACCCGGACCCGUGGAUGUACCCGGCGCUGCUCCGGCUCCAGGCUGACGGCCGCUACAAGCUCGCGGCCCUGUCCAACACCACCCUCUACCCGGAGGGCCACCCGUUCAACAACCCGUCGCCCGACGACGUGCGCCGUGUGUUUGAGAUCUUCGUCUCGAGCGCCCACGUCGGCAUGCGCAAGCCCAACCGCGACAUCUACGAGCACGCCCUGAAGCUGAUCCGCGAGAAGUGGGGCCAGGACAUCCAGCCGCGCGACAUUGUGUUCCUUGACGACAUCGGCGAGAACCUCAAGACCGCGAGGAGUCUGGGCAUGCGCACCAUCCGCGUCGUGCUGGGCAAGACCAAGGACGCCGUCCGGGAGCUGGAGAACGUGACGGGGUUGACCCUGGUGGGGGAGCCGUGGACCAAGGCCAAGUUAUAGAACCUUGUAUGUGGUGUUUUUUUCGUCAGUUGAUCGUGGGAGAUUUUCUCCUUUUUAUUUAUGCUGCUCAAACAUCCAUAGACAGCGAGGAUCUAGAUAGACCACGGGACUGUAUUUCUGUCACCGUAUCGAAAUGCCCGGCAGGCACGCAGGGUGACCUGGCGCAAAUCUUUCGGCUCAGCCUUGCCCGGGUCGUCCAUCGUGAGAUAGACCGUCGUGGAAUGCUCAGACUAUCACGGUCAGGUAGAUAAGGAAGUUCCAUUCUGGCAAACGUGAACCUUGCCUGUGCUG